AUGACUUCGGUUUUUCAGACAGUCCCCGUCAAGAAGAUCAACGGCGAUAACAAUAGCAGAGAGCGCAUUGUGCACAUCGAGAAAAAGCGACUCUACCCUAAGGAGGACAGCCCCAAGCAUAAGAGGGCAACCCACAUGAAGCCUUCCUCGCUGAGAAUCGCUAAGCUCCGCAAGAGGAUCACCCCUGGCACCAUCCUCAUCUUUCUGGCUGGACCCCACCGUGGCAAGAGGGUAGUUUUCCUGAAGCAGCUCAAAACGGGCCUGCUCAUGGUGACCAGCCCCUACGGCAUAAACGGCUGCCCCCUGAGGCGCAUCAACCAGAUCUACAUGAUCGCUACCAGCACCAAGAUUGACAUCUUGUCAGUCAAGCUGCCCGAAAACCUCGACGACCGCUUCUUCAAUCGACCAAUGUCGGCCAAGAGGCGAAGCCGCAAGGACGAGGGUGAGAUCUUUGACACCAAGUCACAGGAGCGAACGGUGAGUGAUGAGCACCGGAAGGUCCAGAAGGAGGUCGACAAGCAGGUAGUGGAGGCCAUGAAGAAGCACUCCGAAAAGAGGGCUCUGGUGUACUACCUGGCUGCCAGCUUCUUGCUGCGCAACCGUAUGUACACAGCACCUCCACUAGUGUCACGACGUCAAAAGAGAGGCCUUGCCACAGAGAUUGAGACACCAGAACUGUUCACCAGUCAGCCGAAGGAGCGGCUUUUUAAGCUUUGA